AUGCACUGCGACCAAGCCGUAAACCUCACCAUCAAAAUUGAAACCCUCAAGGUAGAUCUCUAUGAGUUGUCGUUCAAGUGGCUUGACAUGGUGUUGGAUGUGCAAUGGCUUAAACAACUUAAACUGGUGGGUGUCAAUUGGGAACAUCUCACGUUGCACUUCAUGAAACGAGGACGAUGUGUUUACUUGAAAAGUUUGGGUGAGGAAGCAAAGGCGGUUGACGCCACGAAAUUAUUUAAGGAGCCAUCUUCCGCAACCGCUAUGAAGCUCGUCCCACCACCGUCACUCCCGCAGAAGAGGUUGCCUAUAACAACUUCGUGGGGAUUUCUCAUGAAGCAGUGA